UUUCCGUGGCUGGCUGCUGUUACCGCGGGAGAACGGGGCAGGUCAGCCUCGCAGAGGCCGGCUUCUGCUGAUGCAAAAGCAUAGCAGGUGUCCCCGUGCCGCCUGAGGCCGCGUGGGCGACAAGGAGCCGGCCGUUUGCGACUGCCUUGGAGUCCUGGACGUAUUUCGUUGCUGCUUCUGCUGGAUCACCUCAGGACUUUCGAGGGAGGCUCUCGUCAGCCUCGCUGAGAGGUCUGAAUGACCCUUGAAGAAAUGUAAAGUCAGCGGAAGGGUCACCGUAUCCUCACCCGCUCCCGUUCUCUGCUGUUUUGAGCCUCAACAUUUAGAUGAACGUUUUGUGAACAAGGCCAGGGGAAGAAGAUCCGUUUAUUGAUUUUGUUCCAGACCAGACUGGACCUAAGUUGUCAAAGGUGGUGCUCGUGGGGUGCCCAACACAGGAACAAAACUGUUCUUAGAACAGAAUGAUGACAGUAGAUCUAAAGGUGGCUGAGUAUUUGAACCCUCAGAUCAGGGCUCUGUGGGAGACCAAGGGAUCUGUGACAGAGAGCUCCAGUCAGAGUAAGAAAUAUACCUCACAAAUGGACAGUCUCAGUCCCGAGAUCUCUCGACAGCACUUCCGGAACUUCCAUUAUGAUGAGGCAGCUGGACCCCACGAGGCUGUGAGUCAGCUUCAGGAAUUAUGCUCUCAGUGGCUGAGGCCAGAGAUCCACUCAAAAGAGAUGAUCUUGGAACUGUUGGUGCUAGAGCAAUUCCUGACCAUUCUGCCCAGGGACAUCCAGACCGGAGUAAAGAAGCACCAUCUCCAGGGCAUUGAGGAGGCUGUGGCCCUCGUAGAACACUUGCAGAAGGAAUCUGGUCAAACGAGAAAUGGGGUUGCAGUCCAUGAGCUGAGAAAAGAGGCAGUGCUCUUGGGAGAAACAACAGAGGCCCCAGGCUUCAAUCUGAAGCCAGCAGAGUCCCAGCCAGUGUCCCAGGAUGAAGAAUUUUGGAAUACAUACCAGGGUCUACAAGAACAGCCGAGCAAGAAUACUCAUAAAGAAACUGAGCCUGUAUGUGAGAGGGCUGUGCCUGCUCACCAGAUCCUAGCCUCUCCUGAGCAGACAAACACCAAAGACUGGACAGUGGCACCUGAGCUCGUCCUGCCUGAGUCCCAGAGCUUGUUGACAUUUGAAGAAGUGGCCAUGUAUUUUUCCCAGGAAGAAUGGGAGUUACUGGAUCCCACUCAGAAGGCCCUCUACAAUGACGUAAUGCAAGAAAACUAUGAGACUCUCAUCUCUCUAGCUGUGCCUGCUCACCAGAUCCUAGCCUCUCCUGAGCAGACAAACACCAAAGACUGGACAAUGGCACCUGAGCUUGUCCUGCCUGAGUCUCAGAGCUUGUUGACAUUUGAAGAAGUGGCCAUGUAUUUUUCCCAGGAAGAAUGGGAGUUACUGGAUCCCACUCAGAAGGCCCUCUACAAUGACGUAAUGCAAGAAAACUAUGAGACUCUCAUCUCUCUAGCAUUAUUUGUGCUCCCCAAACCUAAAGUGAUCUCCUGUCUGGAGCAAGGAGAAGACCCCUGGGUUCAAGGAUCCCCAGAAUUCAACGACCGUCCCAGAGAGCUGCCUACAGGGUUAAAACUAAAAAAUAACACUGAAAAUCAACAGCCUGUAUGUCUUUCUGACUUAGAAAUACAAGCACCAGGAGACAUAAUUUCAAAAAAGACCAGAGUGAAAGUUCCUCAGAAAACAACGGGCAAGGAAAAUCAUGGUGAUACUCACAGGGUGGGGAAGUGGCACCAAGAUUUUCCAGUGAAGAAAAGAAAGAAACUUUCAACCUGGAAACAAGAGCUGCUGAAACUUAUGGAUCUUCACAAGAAAGAGCGUGCAGCAGAGAAGCCUUUUAAAUGCCAGGAAUGUGGGAAAAGCUUCAGAGUUAGCUCUGACCUUAUUAAGCACCAAAGAAUUCACACUGAAGAGAAGCCAUAUAAAUGUCAGCAGUGUGAUAAGAGGUUUAGAUGGAGUUCAGAUCUUAAUAAGCACUUAACAACACACCAGGGAAUAAAACCAUAUAAAUGCUCAUGGUGUGGGAAAAGCUUCAGUCAAAAUACAAAUCUCCAUACACACCAAAGAACUCACACUGGAGAGAAGCCCUUUACAUGUCAUGAAUGUGGAAAAAAAUUCAGUCAGAAUUCCCAUCUUAUUAAACACCGGAGAACCCACACAGGUGAGCAGCCUUACACUUGUAGCAUAUGCAGGCGAAACUUCAGCAGGCGGUCAAGCCUUCUUAGACACCAGAAACUCCACCAGUGAAAGGAAGCUUGUCCAAUGUCUUUAGUCUGAAGAAAUUCACCAAGUGAAACUUGACCCUAAAGUUUAUGAAAACAUACCAAAUUGUGAAAGCAUGAAGAAUUUUUCAUCAGUGGAAAAUUUGGGGAUAUAAACAUCACAUUUCACAGAAAGGAAUCAAAGUUGACUCUGCAGGGAUGUGUUAGUGGUUGUACUACUUACUGUUUAUUCUUAUAAUUUUCAUUGAAUUCUUUAGCAAAAGAGGUGUUCUGAGAACAUCCUGAAUUGGAAAAACCUGGUUUGGGAUUGUACCUAGCAAAAUAGCAAAUUCGGCUUCAAAUAGCAGAUGCAGCCAUGAAUCAGUCAGUCUUCUGUGGUCACAGAGGUAAAUAUUGUUCGUUUUGCAUUGAUCUCCCCAGCCACUCUUAAACACAUAUGAUAGAAACAUUUGUAGCAUUGGUCUUUUGGUCUUCCAAAACAAAAAGCAAUAAUAUGCAUGUUUAAUUGCAUACCGUUGUCUUCAAGUUAAUAGGCUUGCCAAUUUCAGUAGUUUCAUGGAACGGAAAUUAAUUCUAAUGUAAAGUUUUCCAAGAACCAAAUUGGAUUUUCUUCCUCUCUUGUCAUUGGACAUUGUUCACAAUGCUGGACAUCAUUUGAGUUCCUUAAACUUUUUAGCCACUUUAGCUCUUGAAUCCUAUUAGCACAAAUUUUACUGUGAUGAAACCAUAUUUCCUUUACCACUAGGGAAUCUGCCAGAUGAACUAAUAGUGCACUAUUUUAUGCCUCUCAUUGGUGGUGUUUGAAAAAAGGAAAACAUCUCUAAUGAGAUCAUAUGGAAACGGGUUGGAAUUUUUAGCCAUGGAGUAUAUAUUAGAUGUAAAGAAGAAUUUUCUGCAAUAAAAGAAACUAGAUUGUAUCUUUACCUCACAAUGUCAAUAGGAUAAAACAGCCAUAAAAAUUAGCACUUUCCUCAGUCCUAAAAGAAAAUUACUGGAAAUUCAGGAUCAACUUUUCAGGUUUUUGUUUGUUUGCUUGUAAUUUGGCUUUUGUUUGAUAUUAAUUGCGACGAGAGAGUCAUGUUUGGGAACAGAGGUGUGUGCUGUAGUGCUGUGGUUCACUGGGCAUGGUGUCCUGGGAAUCCAGUUAGUAGGAGACCGACUUCUCAAAGGAAAGGUUGGGGAGCUGAUGCUGAGUGGUGGGCAAGGCUGAGCAAAUCCACAUCCAUGUUGUUGUCUUACACUGUAAACCAGUAAGCAGGGAGGAUAUACCUGCUUCUGUUUUCUCCAGCAGAGCAUUUAACAACAGCUUUAGAUGAUAAAUUUGUUAGACUGCUGAAAAUCUCUAUAGGCUAUGCAUUUUCUUAUAAUUCACCCUUUUGUUUAAAACACUGAUUCAGAUGUGUUUCUGUUAGAACUUUUAGGUGGUAUUAGGAAAGGGAUUAAAUUACCUCUUCCAGAUUUUUCAUUUCACAAACUAGGAAGUUAAGGCUCAAAGAGAUAGAGGGACUUGUUCAAGACCCCAUAGCUAGUGGGUCUGUCUGCCAUCAUAGCUUCAUCAAUCAGGCGUAAAGGCAGGAUUAGCAGGACUAAUUUGUAUAUAAUCCCUGCGCAGCCAGUCUGGAUAACAUUGUAUUGUAUUUAUUUCUAUCUCAUAAAACAUUCCAGUUUCUUGAUUGGUUACUGAAAUACUUUAUGGGGGUUUUUUUGGGGAAGGUUAGCUCUGAGCUAACUACUGCCAGUCCUCCUCUUUUUGCUGAGGAAGACUGCCCCUGAGCUAACAUCUGUGCCCAUCUUCCUCCACUUUAUAU